AUGGCUGCUGCCAGCGCCAGAGGUCCCUCAUCCAGAGAGAACAACCAAGGGUGGAAGAUACAGCCAAGAGACUUCCAAAGAAAUUAUUCGCCCAGACAAAACGGACGGGUGGUAUGCCUGCUGUAUGAAAUCAGGUGGAGAAGCGGUUCCAUCUGGAGGAACUGGUGCUUGAACAACACUGAGCAACAUGCUGAAGUCAACUUCCUGGAAAAUCACUUCAGUGACAGGCCACAAACUUCUUGCUCCAUCACCUGGUUCCUUUCAACUAGUCCCUGUGGAAGGUGCUCCAGCAGGAUUCUGGAAUUCCUGAGGUCACACCCUAACGUGACCUUGGCAAUAUAUGCAGCCAAGCUGUUCAGGCACCACGAUACCCGCAACCGACAAGGUCUCUGCAACCUGAGAAUGAAUCGAGUCUCUGUACAUAUCAUGAGUCUUGAAGAUUACAGGUACUGCUGGAGAAAUUUUGUUGCAUACCAAGCUGGAGAAGACGAUUAUUGGUCCCAGAACAUCAAUGUACACUUCAUUCUGAAUAGCAUAGAACUCUUACAUAUCUUUUGGGACAGGGCCAUGGAUUUCAGUUAA